GCGGAUUUCACUCUCUUCCAGAUCCAGUCUGAAAGUCCGAUCCAGUGUCGCUAUGACCUAGAAAAAUAUGAUGGUCAAAGGCCUAUCCUUAACUGAUAUAACAAUCUAUGUCGAGUUGACAUGGUCAAACUAAAACAUAAAAAAUAAAAACAUGUCAAAUGAUCAUAAAGGCACCAGAUACUCACCGGAGAUCUCGUCAUAGUUAUGAUUCACACCAUCAAUAUAUAAAAGGGAACCACGAAGAAGAAAAGAGGAUCUGAUUCUUCAUAUCGAAAUUAUAGUCUUAUACUUUUACAUUAUCUUAUUAAUUGAUACUCCGUCCGUUUCAAAAUGACAUAUGUUUUAAAAAAAACAAUUGUUUCUAAAAAUACAUAUUUUACAUUUUCAAUACAUGUAAUAAUGAUAAAUUAUGAACUUCAAAAAUAGUAACUGUAUUCACUGAACUUUGAUUAGUUAAAAAUUAUGGAAAAUUACUAAUCACAAAAAAUAAUAUAUUUAUAAUCAAAAAUUUACGUGUUUUCUUGAUAUGUGUGAUAACUCCAAAACAUACAUUAUAUUGAAAUGGAGAGAUAUCAUUUAACUUUCCACAGUAGUCUCUUCUUACAUUUUCAAUAAAACAUACACUUUUUAUACUUACUCAUAUACCUUUUCUAAAUUAUUUCUUAUACACAUUAACAAAAUUCUGUACCAAGUGGAUUUUGAGAUUCAUUAAUAGGAUUGUUAUUUAUUCGCAAACCAAAACACUAACAUAAGGUUCAUAAACGUAUAAAUGUAAAAAUAGCAUUUAUUUCAUCUUAUCAGACUUCACAGUUCACACUGCCCAUAUUAGUCUUUCUGAUUUUAGAUGAAACAAAUACAAACCUUAACGGAUUCCUCCGACCCCUAAUAGAUCAAGGAGCUCCAGAACCCAACAGCGACGCUACUUGUGAUCCAUUCUCCUACCAUGAUUAAUCAAUUCCGUAAGUGGAAAGGUGAAGUCAUUCUUUUAACUAUUUGCGUUCUUUUUGGGACAAAGCCAAGCUCCACACUCUUUUGAGCUAUUUUUCAUAGUAAAUUGUUGCGAAUAAUCAAUCCCUCAAAAUAGAUUUUUGUUACACGCUUUUCAGUUAUAUUAUAACAACCCUGAAUGAUUUUCCUUCUUCCGUCCAGGAAAUUUUUUCUUCCAUAUUUCCAUUUUGGUUGGACAUUCUUCCUAGCUAACAUUCCAUUUGACAUCUAAUUUAUUUGAAGGGAAGUUGGGAAUAUUGUUAGGAGCCAAAGGGAUGGGCAAUAUAGCCCAUUAUAAAUAAAUACAUAAUUGAUCGUCUUAUCUUGACACAUCCAUAAUGUGGGCACAUAUAUCUCAAUUCCCAUGCGUCUCUCAGGCUACCUUUUGUUUUUUUUUUCACAUCUUUAUUGAUGGUUAGAUAUGUCGUUAUUAAUUACAAAAUAUUCUUAUCUAUCCCAAUCCAACGACCGUAGUUAUGAACUGAUAAUUUUGAGUCCAGCUAAUAAGUAUUGGAUCACGCUGAUAUUACUUGGAUAACCCGAAAGUGUAGGCCAGUCGGGAACAGCCUAUUUAAUGACUUUAAAGAAAAAUCUACAGAUAUGGAUCCACAUACGGCCCUCCCUAGUUUCCAUGUAAUUUGGUCUAUUGUAUGGUGUGAAAUGGGUGAUGAGCUGAGAUGUUUAGGGUAAGUUGUAGCCUAUUACGACAAACUAUCGAAGCCUGUAUCAUACCGGUCCACCAAAGACUACUAAUUUUCUAUAACUUGUCGUUUUUAAUAAGGUUUCAGAUGAGAGGUUUCUGCUAAGUCAAAUCUCAUCAUAUCAUUUUCAAAAGAGUAACGAUGUGAUGGUAGGGUGUAACUACCCCCAUCAAAGCCCCAGUUUAAAACAGUUGAGUCUAUUUUCCAUACAAAAGUUUGUCUUUUUCUCAACAUUAUAUUGACAUCAUGUGAUGCUACAUAAUAUAGGGUCCCAAUACUUUAUACCCACAAAAGCUCAAAUUAUACUGGUUGCUAGAUAGUAAUAAUAUAUAUUUAAUGAUGGGACAAUGCGAUGAUAGACUAUAAAUGAAGCGAUGAUCAAAUAUUUCACUUAAAUUUCGUUUUGAAACUGCCUUACAAAAUGAUAGUUUGGCUAAGUGUGAUUUUUUGUUUAUUCACAUCCGCUUCCUCAACUUCAUCGGAUGAUCCGGUAAAGUGUGAGUUCGGAAACACAAUGUGCACGGUUACGAAUUCUUACGGAGCCUUUCCCGACCGCUCUAUAUGCGAAGCGGCCAAGGUGGAGUACCCGAAGACCGAGGCUGAACUCGUCUCUGUGGUAGCUGCAGCCACUAGAGCCGGUCAAAAAAUGCGGGUCGUGACUCGGUACUCACACAGCAUCCCCAAGCUCGUUUGCACUGACGGCAAAGACGGGAUUCUCAUAAGCACCAAGUUUCUAAACAACGUGGUGCGAGCAGACCGGGAAGCCAAAACAUUGACGGUUGAAAGCGGCGUGACACUAAGACAGCUGAUUGGAGAAGCGGCUAAGCUGGAGCUCGCUUUACCAUAUGCACCGUAUUGGUGGGGACUUACGGUUGGAGGGAUAAUGGGGACAGGUGCUCACGGAAGUUCGCUUUGGGGUAAAGGAAGUGUGGUUCAUGAUUAUGUGACUGAGAUAAGAAUAGUGAGUCCCGGUUCGGUUUCUGAUGGGUAUGUCAAGGUUCGUGUUCUCAGUGAGUCUAUGAAUCCUGAAGCAUUUCAGGCAGCCAAAGUUUCUUUAGGCGUUCUUGGUGUUAUCUCCCAGGUAACUUUCGUAUUGCAACCAAUGUUCAAGAGAUCGUUAACUUAUGUUAUGAGAAAGGAUUCGGAUUUUGGAGAUCAAGCCGUGACUUUUGGGGAAAACCACGAGUUUGCAGAUUUCAUAUGGUUACCGAGCCAAGGCAGAGUUGUGUAUCGAAUGGACGAUAGAGUUCCUUUCAACACUUCUGGCGAUGGCUUGUUCGAAUUUUUCCCAUUCCGUCCGCAACUCUCCACAGCCUUAGCCGUCAACAGAUUAGUAGAGGAGAGUGAAGAGGCAUCUGCAGAUUCAAACAGGAGGUGUGUGAGAACAGAGGAAACAUCUUCAUUCUUGUUUUCAAUCUCAUAUGGUGUGACUAACAAUGGCCUUAUAUUUACAGGCUAUCCGGUUAUAGGAAGCCAAGACCGUAUGAUGUCGUCCGGUUCGUGUCUAGACAGCAUUCAGGAUGGAUUGAUCACAGCUUGUCCGUGGGACCCACGCAUAAACGGAGAGUUUUUUCACCAAACAACGUUAAGUGUUCCUCUCACACAUGUCAAAGAUUUCAUCAACGACAUCAAAGCACUUGUGAAGAUUGAACCAAAAUCUCUCUGCGUCCUUGAAGGCAGCAACGGUAUUUUAAUGCGCUAUGUCACAUCCUCCCCUGCUUUUCUCGGGAAAGAGAAGAAAGCUUUAGACUUUGACCUAACUUACUACCGAAGCAAAGAUGAUCCCUUGACACCGCGUCUCUAUGAGGACUAUGUCGAAGAGAUCGAGCAAAUGGCCUUAUUAAAAUACGAGGCGUUACCACAUUGGGGGAAGAAUAGGAAUAUAGCAUUUGAUGGUGUCAUUAGAAAAUAUAAAAAUGCAAAUGCGUUUUUGAAAGUAAAGGAGAGGUUGGAUCCGUUGGGGUUGUUUUCUACAGAGUGGACCGAUCAGAUUCUAGGGUUAAAAGGAAACGUAACGAUAGUGAAACAAGGAUGUGCUUUGGAAGGGCUGUGUAUUUGUUCGGAGGAUUCUCAUUGUGCUCCCAACAAAGGUUAUAUGUGUCGGCCAGGUAAAGUCUAUAGAGAAGCGAGGGUUUGUACUCGAGUAAGCGCUUGAAACUGAUUAUUUCCAAACUACUAAAAACUUUGUGGUGAAUUUCACCACCUCAGAUUACCCCUACGUUUUGUUUUUUAGCAUGUUGAUUUGUUGAUCAUUGAUUAAAUAACCUAUACCAAAUACCAGCAAUAUAUAUCAAGUAUGGUAUUGUAUGUUAUACCAACAAUGUAUAAUACAUAUUAAUAUUUAAACAGAAUCAUAAUAUGAAAUUAUUUGACAAAAACAAUACUACUCUCUCCGUUUCUAAAUGAUCAUGUUUUAGAAAAAUAUUUAGUUUCUAAAAGAUCAAUAUUUUACAUUUCAAUGUAUGUAAUAAUGUCAAAUUGUCAACUUCAAAAACAUUAAUUGUGUUUACUAAAUUUUGAUUGGUUAAAAAUCAUAGGAAAUAGCUAAACACGAAAAGUAAUAUAUUUAUUAUCAUAAAUUUACGUGUUUUCUUAAUAAAUGUGAAAAUUCUAAAACAUGGAUCAUUCUGAAAUGGAAAAAGUAUAUAACAAAAUAGUCUAUUCGUUUCAAUAUAGAUGAUAUUUUAGAAGAAGUAUUUUGUUUCAAUUUACAUGAAGUUUUGAGGUUUUAAGGUUAAUUUUAAUUUUAUUGGAAAUUGUUCAACCAAUUAGAUUUUUCAGUUUUUUUUAUCAUUGGGUAAAUUAUUUUAAAAUUAUUUAUUUAAAAAUAAUUUUUUUUAAAAAUCUAACUUUCUUAAUCUUUGUGCACUAAAUUAGAACAUCAAGUAUUAUGAACGGAGUGAAUAGAAAAUAGAGGUUGAAAAAAAAAAUAGGGAUCGGUCUUCAAAUUACCAGUGUAUUUAAAACCAUAAACAUUAAAUACACAAAUAAAUUUGCGUAAAACUUAUUAGUGAUGUGUCAGACUCAUAUGAGAAUUAGAUAAGUAAAAACCUUAUACCUUCCUUAAACACGUGGUAGACCGGCAGUGUGGCAGUAGACCAAAAAUAAUAAAGUGUAACCGUAAUGACCAGAUCAUAUGUAAUGUAAUUAAACACAUAAUAUUAAAGUCAAACGAAACUGUAACGCCUAAUGAUGAAUAUGUUGAUUUGAUCAACGAUUCCAUGUGGAAGCAGGAAGUUACAGAGGCUGAUUAAGAUUAUAUUGCGUGUGACCUGAUUCUUUACAAAAGGCCUACUAUAAUGGGCCUACCACUUUAGGAAAAAACCAAUAAGCCAUUAUAACGAGCGAAAAAAUGUUAUAUUGAUCAAACUUUUGAACGUGAAAACUGACAAAAAUGAUUGUGUGUUUACAAGAAGCUCGUACGUGUGUAGUGUAGAGUAGAGUUGGUGAGGUUUAGGAUUUAAGUUGAGACUUUCAAAUUCACUCUGUUUAGGUGAAUAACCGAUUGAACGGCUAGAUUCAAUCAAAAACUAUGAUGAUGCGAUCCUAAAGCGCUACACUUUGUAGUUGAACAAGUACACUUUAGUUGUCUUGGUUCCUUGAAGCUUCUUUCUCCAUUUUGAGCUGUUCUAAAAUCCAGUAAUACGAAUCUAUGACGAGAAUAAUUUCUUACAACAUUUUCAAAGUCAAUUCAUACUUUAAAAGUUGCAAGUGGGUUCCAUUAUGACUCAUAAUUCGUAAUCUUAUUUAUGGGGUUGUUCAAAACUUUUUACUGUAAAACAACAACUUGGAGUUUUAAUGGAGAGAAAAUAUGGAAGGUAGUGAGUUUUAGAGAAACUUCGUUCUAACAUUAUAGUUUUAAGUUCAAUUUGAUAGAAUAUUAUUGAUGAUAACAACUUUAGAGCAUUUUUAAGUCAAUCAUGCAUCAGAAUCUGCGAGUUAGAAUCUGAUUGGCUCGACAAACAUACAGACAUAUAUCAAACCCUUUUCUAAAAAGAACAUACAAACAAACAUAUAGUUUGGCUGUCUUCUCAAGAUCGAAGUAAGUGAUCUUUGAUCUGAGAAUUGAGUAGAACAUUUGUAGCUUGUGUAUGUUUGAUUGUAAUAAUUAAAUUGAUUCUGUGAGCUAUGCAAAUUAGGGUUCCAGUGGAGCUUUGUCACCGUUUGUAGCCAUUUUCUUUAUCCCCGCUAGCUAUUUAUUUUUCAAGAUUAUCAUUUUUUGAAUAAUCUACUAAUAAUAGCAAUCCCAAUUAAUUCCAAAGGUUGUGUGCUUUUAUAAAAAACCCAAUUUUUGUUAAAAGUUGUGUUUGUUCACUAAGGUGUCUUUUGAUUAAAAUUUAUAUCUCUUCAAUAUGAAACUAUUGUAAAACUUUAUGAAUAAAUGUGAGAGUUAUUACUGCACAAAAGGAGACAAACACCACACCAAUGUUGGUCGAAUAAAUGAGUUCCCAAGUACGUUAGGAUACGCUUUAUGUAUUAAGAAUCGUAAUAUGUUAUUCAUUUAAUUAUUCAUUUAGAGUCAUGAGAAAGAAGAGACACAAUACUUAACGGAAGAGACACAACUCUUAAGGAAGAGACACAACUCUUUGUCUAGUUCUUUUGUACUGUUUCGAAUCUAUUUAAGGUGUUGUCAUUGUCCUGUAAACAAAAAUAAUUAUUUCUCACACAGUAAAAAGUAAAGUUUGUGUUAUUGAAGAGAGCACCGUGAUAUUGAUAAUCACAAGUUUGUGAUAUUGAUAAUCACAAGAUUGUGAUAUUGCAAACUGUUUUUACUAUGUUAUCACAGAACAAAACAGAGUCUAGAAUCCUUAACAACCAAAAACGAUGUGGGACAACUCCGAUAACCAUAGGAAGAAGAACCAUGUUAAUAUCACUGCCAUAGAUAUCGAUAACCGGUCAAAACCACCAUGGAUC